GGGGGGAGGAGCCUCAGGCGCGUUUCCGCGGGAAACUGCAGCCCGAGGAGCAGGAGAUGCGGGCCCACACCAAGGGGCUGGCGCUCAGGGAGGAGGGCCUGGCGGACAGGCGAGGCGGAGGCGAGGGCGGGGGCGAACGCAAGCCGCCCCUGGAGAACCACCGCUCCUACUCCGUGGACAGGGCGGACAGGACCGUGGGGGGUGGAGGGGUGCAGGGCGGCCCCCAGUCCAAACAGAACCACGGGCCGCCGACCCCUGCGGCUGUCCGGGCGGGGCCGGCCGUUUCCACGGCGCCGCCGGACCUCAGGGAGCCCCCGGACUGGGGCAGGAAGCCGCAGGGCCACCUGGACCCCGGCGCCGCCGCCCUCCUGCGCAAGGCCAAGCGGGAGAAGAUGGAGAGCAUGCUGCGCAACGAUUCGCUCAGCUCCGACCAAUCCGAGUCCCUGCGCCCGCCCCCGCCCCGCCCCUACAAGACCAAGCGCGGCGCCAACAAGCGGCAGAUGUCGGUCAGCAGCUCGGAGGAGGAGGGCGGCUCCACGCCCGAGUACACCAGCUGCGAGGACGUGGAGAUUGAGAGCGUCAGCGAGAAAGGUGACUGGGAGUGCUAUCCCCUGGACCCAACCGUGUGGCAUCAUCCUGUUACAUGGCAACCGUCCAAGGAAGGUGAUCAUUUAAUCGGGAGGAUCACUCUGAGCAAAAGAUCAGUGAUGCCAAAGGAGACUGGCGCUCUGCUGGGACUAAAGGUCGUGGGGGGCAAGAUCACGGAGUCGGGAAGACUAGGGGCCUUCAUCACCAAAGUCAAAAAGGGAAGCCUUGCUGAUGUGGUGGGGCAUCUACGGGCAGGUGAUGAGGUGCUUCAGUGGAACGGGAAGUCGUUGCCAGGAGCAACUAAGAAAGAAGUUUACAACAUCAUUUUGGAAUCCAAAACAGAACCUCAAGUUGAAAUAGUUGUUUCACGGCCUAUUGGAGACAUUCCAAGAAUUCCAGAAACGUCACACCCUCCUUUAGAAUCUAGUUCAAGUUCCUUCGAGUCCCAGAAGAUGGAACGCCCCGCUAUAUCGGUUGUGUCCCCCACGAGUCCCGGGACCCUGAGAGACGCGCCCCAGCUGCUGCCCGGACAGCUCUCGGUGAAACUGUGGUACGACAAAGUGGGCCACCAGUUGAUAGUCAACGUGCUCCAGGCCACAGACCUACCAGCCCGGCUGGACGGGCGACCCAGGAACCCUUAUGUCAAAAUGUACUUCCUCCCGGACAGGAGCGACAAGAGCAAACGACGAACCAAGACGGUGAAGAAGAGCUCGGAGCCCAAGUGGAACCAGACCUUCAUCUACUCACACGUGCACCGGCGGGACUUCAGGGAGCGCAUGCUGGAGAUCACUGUGUGGGACCAGCCCCGCGUGCAGGAGGAGGAGAGCGACUUCCUGGGGGAGAUCCUGAUCGAGCUGGAGACGGCCCUCCUGGAUGACAAACCCCACUGGUACAAGCUGCAGACGCACGACGUGUCGUCCCUGCCCCUCCCCCACCCCUCGCCCUACCUGCCCCGGAGGCACAUUCACACCGACAGCCCCAGCAAGAAGCUGCAGAGGUCUCAGCGAAUCACAGAUGCAGAUUAUGAUGAUGGUAUUGGAGUGGUUUCUACAGCGGGUGAGGGGCGUUCGCGGGAGAGGGAGAGAGAGAGAGAGAGGGACAGGUCCAGCACACUGGCAGUGCCCGAACAGCAGAGAGCCACUCACCAUCGCUCACGCUCCGUGUCCCCACACCGAGAGGACCAGGACAGACCCCGCUCCCGCCCCCCCAGCGUGCCCCUACAGAGGAGUCUGGAUGAGAUCCAUCACGGCCGGCAGUCCCGUUCCCCCACACGGUACCGGGGGCACCAGGACCGGGACUACCCUGACGACAGUGAAGUCAUCAUGCUGCACCGAACAGUCCGGGGCAGGAGCGCGGAAUGCCUGCACACUCAGAGGAGCUCGGCUAGGUACAGUAAAACGCUGCCACCAAAGAUGCCUCUGUUAGUGAAUGGCAUUCAUAAAGACAUAUACAGUGAUCUUCAGCCUGGUCUUGACAGGGUUAGGAGUGCUAGCACCAACUGUUUGAGACCAGAUACUAGUUUCCAUUCACCCGAGCGAGAAAGAGCGCACCCCCACGGGAGCCCCUCCACGGCCCCCUCCACAGGAACCCCCACGCCAGGCCGCAGGGGGAGACAGCUGCCACAGCUUCCUGCCAAAAGCAGCAGCAUAGAGCAAGAACAAGUAGAUAACCUGUCUGAUGAAAAAGUGCUGGCAGUGGAGGAGAGGGCGAGGCAGAUGCAGAUGCAGAUGAGGGGGCAUUCCUACAGGACGGUGGCCAAAUCCAGCCAGGAGUCGGCCAGGGAGCUCAAGAACAAACGAGAGCUUUACAAGGAGCAGCGACGGAGCUGUGACAACGUGUCCGCCAAGUCCUCGGACAGCGACAUCAGCGACGUGUCAGCCAUCUCUCACGCCAGCAGUGCCUCCCGCAUCAGUAGCACCAGCUACAUGUCCAUACAGUCAGAGCGACCCAGGGGACGGCUCAGCCGUCAGAUGCGCCCGUCAGGGCGGAGCAUGCUGAAGAGCACGAGCGUGAGCGGGGAGAUCUACUCGCUGGAGCGCACGGACGGCAGCCAAUCGGAUACGGCGCUGGGCACCCUGGGCGCCGCGUCGAAGAAGCGGCGGUCCAGCCUUAGCGCCCGGGUGGUGGCCAUCGUCGGCCUGCCGUCACGGCGCAGCCGCAGCACCUCACAGCUCAGCCAGACCGAGGCCGCCAGCAAGAAGUCAAAGGGGCAGAUCCAGCGCAGCCAGGAAACGGGCAUGGCGGUGGAGUACCCACGCAAUGCUAUGGCACGCCAGGCCAGCCGGGAGUCCACAGACGGCAGCAUGAACAGCUACAGCUCUGAGGGAAAUCUCAUUUUCUCAGGGGUGCGGCUGGGGGCUGACAGCCAGUUUAGUGACUUCCUGGACGGCCUCGGUCCUGCGCAGCUGGUGGGAAGACAAACCCUUGCCACCCCUGCCAUGGGAGACAUUCAGAUCGGCCUGAUGGACAAGAAGGGGCAGCUGGAGGUGGAGGUGAUCAGAGCGCGUGGCCUCACACCAAAACCAGGAUCCAAAUCACUCCCAGCUCCAUAUGUCAAGGUGUAUUUGCUGGAUAAUGGAGCAUGUAAAGCCAAAAAGAAAACCAAGAUUGCACGGAAAACCCUGGAUCCUCUGUACCAGCAGGCCCUGCUCUUCGAUGAGAGCCCGCAGGGCAAAGUGCUACAGGUGAUAGUCUGGGGAGACUAUGGGCGAAUGGACCACAAAUGCUUCAUGGGAGUCGCACAGAUCCUAUUGGAGGAGCUGGACCUAUCCAGUACGGUGAUUGGCUGGUACAAACUGUUUCCCCCCUCCUCGUUGGUGGACCCCACGUUAGCCCCCCUCACGCGACGAGCUUCCCAGUCAUCGCUCGACAGUUCGUCAGGACCUCCGGGCAUCCGAUCCUAGUGAACGAGCAGGAGACUCCAGCAGACAGGACGAGGACAGAAAUCAGUACCAGACAGAAUCACCAUCAAAGCUUUUUGGAGCCUGACAAUCACUCCUGUUACUUUUUUGACACUUUAGUGUUCGGUGAUUAUGUUUGAGUUUUUUUUUCAUGAAACAGGGCUGUUGUAAAAUAUAAGGGAAAAAAACAUUUGAACAGAAACCAAGAUUAUGCUGCUUAAUAGAGGAACCAGUGUUGAUGCUUGUCUCACUGGAUUUAAGCAAUCAGCCACAAUAAAGAUGUUGUUUUAGCAGUGUAAGAGGAGUGUCUGGGAGCAGGAAUCAGAGGCCAGAUCUCCCUGGCCGUUCCCUGAAGCUGCCCCAAUCUGCAUGUCUGUUCCUCCACUGAGACCUGCCAGGGGUCCGGGGUCAGGGGUCAGGGGUCAGAGGUCAUGUUGUGACGGAGGAGUCGCCAGCAGGGUGCUUGCUGGUGGUGGUGGUUCUUCUGCGUUGUGCGGAAAGGCCUUUUCAGUGUGUUUACAGCAGCCUCCAUGCGCUGCACCGCCUUAGGCUCAUUUACGUUCCUCUUCUGUUUGUAUUCUGCCACACACACACUCACACACACACACACUCACACACACACACUCACACACACACACACACA